UCGCCCGUCCCUCGCGCGGGAAGGAAUGGGGAAGCACGGGAAGAGGCAGCCAAGGCAAAGGACGAGAAGGCUUAGGCAAGAAGACGAAGCAGAAGAAGAUCUAGAAGUGGUAGAAGCAGAUGAAGAGGACGAGGAGGAUGAGGAAGGCGAAGAUGAUCUUUCUCAGCCGUCUGCCCACGUUCGUCCCCAUAGCACCAGAUCCCGUAGAGCGCAGAAGAAGAAAUCCGCCGCUGAAGAGGAUCUCCCGAAUGAGGGUGAAGGCGAAAAUGGAGAAAGGGAGGGAGAGAAUGGGCGCUCUUCCCCCAUAGAUCCGCCACCGUCGAAGUUCUCUCUGUAUCAGCAGUCCGUACAGUCACCGAAAGGUGACAUUAGCUAUAUGCGGAAGUUCUUUCUCAUGUACGUUGGUGGAAGGACACCACUUCAUUUGCAGGAAGAUUUUUGUGGGACUGCUUUUCUCAGUGCGGAAUGGCUGCAUAGUGACCCAAGACGCACUGCCGUUGGUGUAGAUUUGGACCGUGACGCGCUCAUAUGGUGCCUGCACAACAAUAUAGAUAAGCUAGGCUCGGAUGGGUACUCUAGAAUCUCUCUCGUUCAUGGAAAUGUUUUGAAGCCUUUGGAUGAGAAUGAUCUAGUUAACAAUGAUCUCGUGGAUAAGAUGGAACGAAGUGUGAGCCUGCAAGCUGUUGAAAUGGAAUCAUCUCUUCAGGUAACAGGGAAUAAGAAUGCUGGUAAACACUUGAAUGGAGCAAAGCACACUCUACAGCCAAGAGAUAUCAUAUGUGCUUUCAAUUAUAGUUGCUGCUGUCUCCAUAGGAGGGCGGACCUUCUUACAUACUUUAAACAUGCUUUGCACGCAUUAUCCAGGGAAGGGGGAAUAUUUGUAAUGGAUCUAUAUGGUGGGGCGUCCUCAGAGCGUGCACUCAAGCUUCAAAGGAGAUACACAAAUUUUACUUAUAUCUGGGAGCAAACACACUUUGAUGCUAUCAGUCGAACAACAAGAAUUAGUCUACACUUCAAUUUCACCAAGCAGCGGUCACUACGGCAUGCAUUUACAUAUCACUGGCGGCUUUGGACACUUGCGGAGAUCAAAGACUGCUUAGAGGAGGUUGGAUUCGAUUCAGUUCACUUUUGGAUCCGUGAAAUGCCAAACACAAGCCAGAAUGCUUCGGAGUACAGGGGAGAUGAUAAUAUGAAAUACGAAGAGGUUUCAACCUUCUGCCAGCGUGACGCCUGGAAUGCUUAUAUCGUCGGGGUUGUAAGAGCUAAAUGCUAGUCUCUAUAAAUCUCAAAAGGGUUGAGAAAUUCUCUCCUGUCUUUUGGCGUGGAACAUGCAUAAGAGGAGAACUUAAAAGGGUGAAAUUGUUUUGGGUUGAAAAACCCAAAGGAACAAAGUUGGAAUCCUCUGGAGCUGAACAAGUUGUAAACGAAAGUUGGAGGGAAGAUGGCUAGCGAGAGAGGGAAUACAUGGGUGGUUUUACAUUCAUGGGCAUCAAAAGCAGGACUUUGCACAUGAAAUAAUCUCCCAGUCCAUGGUGGUUUUUCUUCAAGAUUCAAACUAGUAACGAGGAAAGGCAAUGAUAUAGGCGAGAGCUCUGUCUAGCUGGUUUGCUGGGUGGUUUGUGACUUCCUAGUUCCAGGAGCAUAAAAGAUCAGAAAUUCAGGCUUGUGUUUUGUCAUUGCCUGGUGGCGGUCACCAUUUCUGUUUGUUCGUUGGUGCUCUUCUUUGACCAGAAAAGUCCUUACUAAUUUCACUCUUCUGCGAUUUGCAGAAAUCAAGUUCUAGCUCCUUUCAGGUUGGAAGUCGGAACUUUUCUUUUGUUAACCCACCUGUUUAGGAGUUAGGACCUUAGGUAUCCAUUCCCGUGAAGUUUUCAUAAAUAUGUGUUUCCUUCCCUAAGGAAAAGGUUAGGCUGAUUAGCUGCUAAUUGUACGACGGAUGGAGCGGAGCUUUGACGCUUUUGAGGGUGUCAACCCGGUUCUGCCCUGCUCUCGUGAAAUUGUAUUGAAGUGGUGUGGGUCCCAUCUGUACGAUAAUCUGCGUGGCCGAUUUCAAGGCGUCGAUGUUUUUUCUUUUUUGUGUC